AGAUUUCUGGAUGAAGCAAGGAACUACCUGGAAACCCUCCUCAUAUUGCUCUAUACAAUAAUCUGUUGGUUUUGCAAUCCAUUGUUUGGUUAUAUACUGCUUUUUAAGUAGACUGCAUCUGUAUUGGCCUUAGAAAUGUAAACAAGCUUUUGUUAAAACAUUUUGACACAUGAGCUUCCACUGGUUGUGUAGCCUUGUUUUGCAUUCUGAUGUAAUAAAUUCUGACAUUAAAACUAAAAUGGAUGGAUUCUGUUUAUUUUCUCAGUUCUGCUUUUUUGCUUUUCAUAACUUCUGUUUAUAAUUAUUAUGUGAUUAUGGUAGCUUUCAAAUUUUUCUCCUGGAGGUUUUGUCUUUUUUUCAUCCAGUGGAAAAUCGCAGCUGAGUGAAGGGCUGUUGCACUGCUGUCCGUAUAGUGCCAAUCUCAAGAAAGCCACUGAAUGGCGCCAGAGUUUCGAGUCCUUCAAACAGUGGUUUUCGAAGUGGAUGUAACUAAAACAGCAUAUGAUGCCCUUGAUCGUGUUUUUCAAGUGUUAUUUUUAACAGUUAUAAAACUGGAAAUGUAAGAUUUGCAAUAUGAGUUAGCUGGUUUUCUUGUCAGUGUUGCUUAUCUGGUGCCUUGUGGAGACACUUCACAAAAACUGUUGGGAGAUCAGGUCCGGCCCCUGAUGGCGAGUGUUGGAUUUCAAGCUCUAGGUGUGGCUUCAUAUAAAGGCAGAGCCAGCUGCCUGCUGCAUCUGUAGAUCUACUCUUCAAAACACAGUAAGUUUAUGAGCAGCUAUCUAGGAAUGAUUACCAGAAAGUAUGUGCAUACAUGCAUGUCUGUGAGUGUGAGUGUGUGUGUGUGUGUGUGUGUGCUUGUAAAAUAGUGCUAUGGUGACAUAGAACUGCUUACACAGCAACAUGGUGUGGACUCAUCUUCCUUUUAGGGACUAAACACAACAUGUAUGACAUUUAGGUAGUGAGAAAUAGCAGUUUUUUCUUUACAGUCAUAUGAGACUUGACUUUGUAAUAUCACAAACUGUGUGCUGCAGUACCUCCAAUCUGCACUGCAAAAUGUUACUUAAAGUAACAUUUAUUGAUUGGUGCUGCUUUCUGUCUCACUGUAUAGUAUUGUAACUGUGACAGAAUACAAUUUACUUUCUCGUGUUAAGAGUUACUUUGUGUUCAUUAGGCUCUUUCACAUUCAGGGUUUGGAUCUAAAAUUUUGAAAUGUCUGGCCCAGGCAGAGAUUACCAGUGGUCCCCAGGCUGUCCUCCUCCGCCGGGCCCAGGACCACGUCCCCCAUCACCUGGUCCACCAUGUCAGCCCUACCCUCCUCCAUGUGGUCCACCAAGACCACGUCCCUCAUCACCUGGUCCACCAUGUCAGCCCUACCCUCCUCCAUGUGGUCCGCCAGGGCCACGUCCCCCACCACCUGGACCAGGGCCAUGUCCCCCACCACCUGGACCACCAUGGCAGCCUCCAUGUGGUCCACCAGGGCCAGGACCACGUCCUCCACCACCUGGCCCAGGACCACGUCCCCCACCACCUGGACCACCAUGGCAGCCUCCAUGUGGUCCACCAGGACCAGGACCACGUCCUCCACCACCUGGACCACCAUGUCAGCCCUACCCUCCUCCAUGUGGUCCACCAGGACCAGGUCCACGUCCUCCAUCCCCUGGCCCAGGACCACGUCCCCCACCACCUGGACCACCAUGUCAGCCCUACCCUCCUCCAUGUGGUCCACCAGGACCAGGUCCACGUCCUCCAUCCCCUGGCCCAGGACCACGUCCCCCACCACCUGGACCACCAUGUCAGCCCUACCCUCCUCCAUGUGGUCCACCAGGACCAGGUCCACGUCCUCCAUCCCCUGGCCCACCAGGCCAACCCUACCCUCCUCCAUGUGGUCCACCUAUAUGCCCUCCUGUAUACCCACCUUAUGAAGAACCAGGGCCAGUAGUACGUCCUCCAUCCCCUGGCCCACCCUGCCAACCCUGUCCUCCUCCAAGUGGUCCACCUGUAUGUCCUCCCGUAAACCCACCUUAUGGAGGACCAGGGCCAGUAGUACGUCCUCCAUCCCCUGGUCAUGGGCAUCAUGGACAUGGACACGGUCAUGGGCAUCAUGGUCAUGGGCACGGGCAUCAUGGACACGGUCAUGGGCAUCAUGGUCAUGGACACGGGCAUCAUGCACACGGUCAUGGGCAUCAUGGUCAUGGACACGGGCAUCAUGGACACGGUCAUGGCCAUGGUCAUGGGUCUUCCAGCAGCUCCUGCAGCAGCGACUCGGACUAGAUGAAGAUUUCUGGAUGUGAAGAGACAAGUUGCCACCUGGAAACCUUUUUCCUCGUAGUUACAAAAGUAGUGACAGUUACUUCAGCCAUCUGUGCUUUAAAACAGGAGUGCUUCUUGUUUCGCACUAUCAGGAUUUAAAUCAAAAACUUUUUUUUUUUUU